GUUAUGUCCCCUUAAACAAAAAUACGCAGGCAAGUGAAAAACGGCAUCUAAUCCCUUCCGCGUUUUUUCCGAUGCAGGCAGGACUCAACCAGAGCUGCAAUUCCGUGGUCGCAGCCUCUCGUCUCCACCAGAAUUCGACGGAUCGCUUCACUGCCCUUCAAAAACAAUCUAUGGGGUCCACAAGUGGUUUAGCAAGUGAACAGGAGAAACAACCUCUUUUCUCUUUUGGAGUUAUCUCUGAUGUCCAAUAUGCUGAUAUUCCGGAUGGUUACUCAUUUCUCGGUGUUCCCCGGUAUUAUCAACAUAGCAUUCAAGUAUUGCAAAGAGCAGUACAAAAAUGGAACAACCAUGGGAUGCUUAAGUUUGUGAUUAAUUUUGGAGAUAUUGUUGAUGGAAAAUGCCCUCGAGAUGAAUCUCUAAAUGCUGUGAAGAAAGUAACUAAUGAAUUUGGGAAAUUUAAUGGCCCCAUUUAUCACAUGAUUGGUAAUCACUGUCUCUACAAUCUUCCUCGUGAGAAAUUACUCCCAAUAUUGGAGAUUUCAAGUCCUGAUGGUAAUGCCUACUAUGAUUUUUCACCUGCUUCAGAAUACAGAAUCAUAGUGCUUGAUGGCUAUGAUAUCAGUGCCAUUGGAUGGCCUCAAGAUAAUCCUAAAACAUUAGAGGCAUUGGAAUUUCUCAGGAGUAAGAACCCAAAUUCAGAAAAGAACAGCCCAGAGGGACUGCUAGGCCUAGAAAGGAGGUUCCUUAUGUUCAACGGAGCUGUUGGGAGAGAACAGAUGGAAUGGUUGGACGGUGUACUUCAAGAUGCAAUAAAGUUGAAACAGAAAGUGGUUGUUUGUUGCCAUCUGCCGUUAGAUCCUGGUGUAUCAUCCCCAGAAGCACUUCUGUGGAAUUAUGAUGAAGUAAUGAAUGUGAUACACCAAUACAAUUGUGUGAAGGUCUGCCUAUCUGGUCAUGAUCACAAAGGUGGGUAUUCAAUUGAUUCCCAUGGAAUACACCACAAGUCCUUUGAAGCAGCACUGGAGUGCCCUCCUGGUACAGAUUCAUUUGGAUACAUUGAAGUUUAUGACAACAGAUUAAUGCUUUUUGGUACUGAUAGAAUGGAGAGCACUGAUAUGUCUUUCAGUCCCUAAACAAAUUUCAGAGUAUGACAGUGCUAACUCAUUCUUCUAACAGAAGCUGUAUGAGAGUAAAUUAUCUUUAACCAAAAGCCUCUUAAAGAAAAAUUCAUAGGGCUUGGAAGACCACGGCAUUCAUUUCACUUGAGCAUGUGGUGCCUUCCCAAUUACUAAAGAAGGUAUGGACUGUGCACGCAAUGUUAUAUUGUUUUCAGCGUGCAAAAUUUACAUUGGAAUACAUUUGCAUUCAUGGGAUGUCUUCUAGUUCUAAAGCUCAUUUAUUUUCUGUUUAUUUAUUCAUGGUAUCUAUUAGUCGUGCUUGAUAUUUCAAGAACGCAAGAUAAGUUAUGCCCCUUAGCCAUGUCAUAUCAAGUGUUUGUGUGUUGUGAAAAGAUUAAAAUAUUUAGUUAUUUAUUUGAUGCCUGAGGUUGAAAAUUUGUAAAGCAUUUUGUAUCUAUUUGUGAACAAAUAAUCGAUACAUAAGAGUUCAAUUUAUGAUUAUUCAUAUGUUAGUGUGAA